UUGCCCCUCCCCUCCUCCUCCCAACAUACAUUUUUUUGCCCUUCUACGUCACGGUACUUGUGGGCUUCUGCUGCGGUGGCUGUGACGACUCGCCGGCUUCUCUCGCCUUCUCUUCCUUCUUCUCUUCCAUCUCUUGCACUCUUCUCCAACGACAUAACUUCAUCACAUACCACACACUACCAGCCAAACGCCGUCUGGUCUACCAAUAUACACCACAAACCCAUUACAUCAUCGAUAUUUUCAUUCUCAACCUCCAUCUCCCAUUGGCCGCUCUAAAUGGCCAGCUACGAACCCUAUGAUAGGGACCGCGACUAUGGUCGUCGCUACGUCCGUGAAGACUCUCGACGGGACGAGCGAGAUGCCCCUCGUUUCUUAGACCCCUAUGGCCGCCCUCCCCCCGGUGGCGAACUCGUCCCCCGACGACAGGAUAGCGACAUGUCCGUCGAGGAGAUUCGCCGUGAAUUCCCUCCCCCAUCCGGCCGCGACAUCCGCCGUGCCCGAUCCGCAGAAGGCGGCCCCGUCUACUGGGAACAAGAGUACGGCCGCACCAGAGGACACGACUCCCGCGGAUACUAUGAACGGGAGCGCGAACGCAGUUAUGACCGCCGCCCUCGCCGCCACCACGACGACUACGAUGACGACGACCGCAAGUCCAAGUCCAAGAGCGGCAUGUCUAAGCAGGAGAAGAUUAUCGCUGCGGUAGCCGGUGCUGCCCUCCUUGCUGGUGGAAAGGAACUCUACGACCGCCGCGAAGCCAAGGAGCAUCAUGGCGAUGUCCAGCGCAAUCCGCUCUCUUCCGUUGCCCUCGCUGGCCUCGGUGCCCUUGCCGGCUACCAAGGUGCCGAGUUCUACAACAAGCAGCAGGCUAAGCGCGACCAGAAAACCAAUUACAUCUUGCAGCGGGGCCGCGACGGCAACAUGCACGAGUACUACUCCGACGACGACGACGGCUCCAAGGAGAAAAAGGGUCACAAGAACUUUUUGGAGAAUGCCCUUGCUGCUACCGGUCUCGGCGCUGCUGUCAAGCAGCUCACCGGAGGAGGUGGUGACGACCGUCGUUCUGAGCGAGGCGGGAGCCGCCGCGGCAGCCCCUCUGGCACGUCCCGCGCUGGCUCCCGCGAGCGUGGUGGGGGUGGUGCUAACAAAAUUCAAAAGGCCGCCAUGGCGUCACUACUUGCGGGUGCUACCGAGGCCUUCCGCGUCGCCAAAGAGCCCGGAGGCUGGCGCGGCGAAAAGGCCAAGCGAGUCCUCACAGCCGCUGCUGGUGCGGCCACUGUCGACGCUACGGUUGGCGGCGACCAUGGCAAGCUUGGCCUGGCCGAGUCGGUCAUUGGUGGUCUGGUCGGUAACCGAUUGAUUAACGGCUCUAAGCGAGAUAUCGAGGAGGACAAGGCAACAGGCCGCAGCAGAUCACGAUCCCGUGCUGCCAGCCGCGGAGGCAGCAGUGGCGGUGGUGGUGCCGGUCUAGCAGCUCUUGCAACUGCUGGCCUAGGCGCCCUCGGAGCCAAGAAGAUGAUUGACCACUCGCGAUCUCGCAGCCGAGGCCGUGAUCGCUCUCCCGAUUCGAGAGGAUCUUCGCCCGAUCGCCCGCGACUAAGAGACCGCAGCCGCAGCGUGGUCGACAAGGCUCGCAACAGCCUGGCUCGCUUGGGCAUUGGCAGCAGCGACGACAAGGACGACCGUCGCCGCCGCGACCAGGACGAUUACGAUGAUUACGAUUCCCGCGGAUCUAGAGGAGGCUCUCGCCGCUACCACGACGACGAAUAUGACGACAGAAGCCACAGUGGCCGUGGCCACGACGACAGAGAUCGCCACGGAGGCGGCGGCAGCAGCGGCCGUGACCGUUCUCGUGACCGUCGAAGAGGCGGCUACGGAUCCGAAUCUGACUUGGGAGACUCGGACCAGGAUGAGCGACGACACAGAAAGAUGAGAGAUCAUCGCCAGUAUUGAGCCACGAUACACGAGGGCAAACCGUUGCGCCAGUGUGGAGGUGUGAGACGUCUCUGCCAUGAUUUGGGGGACGUGGGACGGAAGUAUCGGCAAGGUAACGCAAACGGACGAAUGAGAGGUAACGAAUAUGUUUUAUUUCCUUGGAUGGAGCAUCCCUGCCUGCAGCAGCCAGACCAGAGACUUUUGUUUUUCCCAUUUGAUUGGAUUGGCCCGGAUAUAUUUAGCUUUAUGCCAUAGACAGCCACGACCUUUUUUACUACUGAAAUGAAUGACCAUUUUUUCUUGCC